AUGGCGGACACCGAACGGCCGCGAACGCCACCUCGAGGCGAGCAAUCCAACGCAGCACAACCUCCCAUCACUCCGGAGCAGGUAAGACGCAUGGAAGAGAACCGGUUGCGAGCCAAAACCCUACGAACACAACAAGAGCAGGCCUCAAAGCGCUCGGAGUCUGUACAGCCGGCGAACAACAACUCCAUCGCCGGCCAGAAACGCCCUCAUUCAGCUACUGUCCGCGAUGCACGUCAAACGAAUAGCGGCAGUCAGCAUGGUGGUGCAAAAGAAGACCUUGUCCGUCCAGCGCGGAAGUUUCAGAAGUUUGUUGAAUACGACUUCAGCAAGAUGACGGACACGAAGGGUGGCUUCAUGACAGCGGAGGAUGAUCCAUUCAACAAAGCUCUGAAUGCGCCGCAGAAGGAUGAGAAGCCGGCGAACAUGACGCUAAGGGAGUGGGAGCGGCAGCAGCUGGAGAAAAGGUUACGGCAGCAACGCGCUGGUCCUUACGAACCAGGGCUGAGUGUAUUGAACGGAAAGGCGGAGGCGAAGAAGUGCAGAGAGUGCGGUAGUCAGGAAAUAGACUGGCAGUGGGAGGAAGUGCUGCACGCGCAGGUUUGCAAUGCCUGCAAGGAGAAAUUCCCGGAGAAGUACUCGCUUCUCACCAAGACGGAAGCGAAGGAGGACUAUCUCCUGACCGACCCGGAGUUGAAGGAUACAAAUUUGCUACCGCACUUGAAGAAGCCGAAUCCGCACAAGUCGACGUGGAACGACAUGAUGCUUUUCCUUCGCUUUCAAGUGGAGGAGUACGCCUUCUCGGAUCAGAAAUGGGGCUCUGCGGAGAAAUUGGAUGAGGAGUUCGUAAGACGACAGCAAGAGACGAAGGAUCGGAAGGAGAAGAAAUUCAAGAGCAAGCUGAACGAGCUAAAGCGAAGGACGAGAGUUGAUGCGUACAAGCGGGCGCGGACAGGCGGCGGAGGCGAGUUUGGGGACACCAUCGGCAGAGGCAAGCACGAGCAUGAGUGGGGUGCUUCUGUUGAGGAUCCGGAGACAGGGAUGACCAAGAGACGGUGCGUGGACUGUGGUAUGGAGGUUGAGGAGCUGGAGUUCUGA